CUCUUGUGCAAGGCGGAAACCGACGUCACGGUGCAGGGAGGCCACUUCGGCACAACGCUCCAGACGGCUGCAUAUAGAGGACACCGAGAGGUCGUGACGCAGCUCCUCAAGGCGGGAGCCGACGUUACGGCGCAGGGAGGCCUCUACGGCACGGCGAUCCAGGCAGUUGCAGCUCAUAAUCACGAAAUGGUGGUCGAGCAGCUGCUAGCUUCUCAACGUGCACUCGAAAUUAUACGUGUAUAG